ACAUAUACUGUUUUUCUCACAGAAAGGCUUUGCAAUAGUUGCUUCUCAUCGUCCUUCAACUCAUCAACGAGAGAGUAUCAGUAACAGCGGAGCAGCUGAAAAGCCGCUGCUGAAGGAUCAGCCAUGCUUGGAGGCAUCCACACAGAUUUGUUGGUCACAGUUGCUCUACUCUUUUUAACUCAGACAGGGUUUGAGUGCAGAGCUGAAAAUGACUUUUCAGCAGUUACUUUACCGGAGCUGAGGGCAUCUUCAGAAUAUGUUGCACAAUGUCUCAACAGACAUUUGAAUCUGACUUGUGACUGGACCAAGAGCCAAGAAACUGGUCCAAAGGAUGUUAAGAUCGACGUUUUAGAGAGUCACCCUUUGGAAAUCAAGGGCAAGGCCUGUUUAGAGUUCUGGUACCUGGCCCCAGCUGCAUCUAAUGGGUCUGAACUCCGUGGAUUGCUAAAGAGCAGCAUCAGUCUAACAGAAAUAUGGACUUCUCCUGCUGUCUCCAGGGAUGGAUGGAGACAAGUGCUUGUGCCCCUAAAUAUCACUAAACCAGGCACUAAGGUUGUGUUUGAAGCUGUCCAGCCUGUGUCUGUAGACUCGACUACACUAAAGCAGAUAGCUGUAAAACAAGGUCCAUGUGGAAAGCAGUGUCAAUCUAACACAGAGUUGUGGACAGAUGACUCCACUCGCUGCCUCUGUUCUGGUGGCCAGCUCUUCUGCUUUCCCUCCGUGUGCCCUAAGGAUCAAAUUUGUGGUCCUCAAACUGGAAUCUCCAGUGGAAUUUCCACCAAAGGGAUGUGCACUAUACACAAUCACACAGACUGCAGCACCUUUGACGGAGUAGUGUUUCGCUUCAUGGCUUCCUGCACCUAUGUGCUGGCUAAGACUUGCUCACCUACUGAAACCCUGCCAAACUUCAGUGUGGAGGUUGUCAAUGAGCAGAGCAGCAACACAACUCUGCCUACUGUCCAGCAGAUUAUUGUGCAGUUGGGGAAGAUCAGGGUUUUACUGGUGAAAAGGCAGACAAACCAGGUCGUGGUUAAUGGAGUCUGGAAAAAGCUUCCACUCAGCCUCAGCAAUGGCACCAUCGCUAUUAAGAGCAACCCUGCAGUUACUGUCCUGGAAACAAGUUCUGGUAUGUCUGUCUCAUAUGACAUUGCUGGGGCUGUCCAUGUCACCCUGCCAUCCAACCACUCUAAUAAAGUCUGUGGCAUGUGUGGCAACUUCAACCACCUUCGUGGCGAUGACUUCCUCAAGCCUGAUGGUACAAAAGCAGAAAAUACUACAGCUUUGGCUGAGAGCUGGCAGACUGGGGAAACCCCGUCCUCUUGUGAGACCAUUCUUGUCCCUUAUCAGUGUGACCUGUUGGCAGAGGCAGAGUAUGUCAGCGAGUUGUCCUGCGGAGGCCUCAUCUCUGGAACUGGGCCCUUUGCGGACUGCUUAUCAGUUUUAGGGGCAGAGAGCUACUUCAGGGCAUGCAUGGUUGGCAUGUGUUCCUCUCAUGGUGAUCAAGGAGUGCUCUGCGAGGCAUUCCAGGUCUAUGGAGGUAUCUGCCAAGAUGCUGGAGUAGCUGUACCCGUAUGGAGGAACUCAACAUUGUGUCCCUUUCAAUGUGGUGAAAACAGCCAUUAUAACUCAUGUGCUGAUGGCUGUCCAAAGGUGUGCUCCAGUCUGGAUAUAACAAGAUCCUGUGGAAGUUGUGAGGAAAGAUGUGAAUGUGACCCUGGCUUCAAGCUCAGUGGGGAUAAGUGUGUCCCAGCAGAAAACUGUGGAUGCUGGUAUAAGGGAAAACACUAUGAGAAAGGAAACGCAUUCAUGGAGGGAGAUUGUGUGGAACAGUGCCAGUGUAUGGGGAAUAAUACCAUGCUAUGCACUGCAAUAAAAUGUGCAGACAAUGAGAUCUGUAAGGGAAAAGAUGGAGUUAAAGGCUGCUACCCUUUCAAACCUGCAACCUGCAGUGUCUAUGGUGAUCCACACUACAUCACCUUUGACAAGCUGGCCUAUGACUUCCAAGGGGGCUGUAGUUACACACUGACCACAACAUGUGGUGGUGAAAGCUCAGUCCAGUUCAGUGUUACUGGGUAUAACAUGCAUCCUCCGUUUGAAAACUUCACCAGGUCCAAGCUCGAUGCUGUGGCUCUUCAGAUUUAUGAUCUGCACCUCACCUUGAAUCAGAGCGGAGAAGUCUAUGUGCAUGGUGGCCAUGUGAGACUUCCCUAUUCAACCAAUGGUACAUAUGGCUUUGUGUGGGUCCACAUGAAAAAUGAGAACAUCAUUCUGGAGUCAACCUUUGGCUUAAAAAUAGUGAUGGAUGGGGAGAACAGACUUUUCCUGCAAGUGGAUGAGCGCUAUAAAUAUGAACUUUGUGGACUGUGUGGAACUUACUCUGGAUACCAGGAUGAUGACUUUCUAAUGCCAGGAGGCCAAUAUGCUGCUGAACCAUUUGAGUUUGGUGACAGUUGGAGAGUGCACAAUGACAAUGAGUGUGUUUCCCAUCCAAAUAAUCCCAGACUAUGCGAAAAUGAUAAGAAUGAAGCUAAUGAGGCAUGCUCAACAUUGCUCCAAGAUGCCUUUGGACCUUGCCAUGAACACGUUCACCCAAGCAUCUACCUCAGUAGUUGUGUGUACGAUUACUGUGCAACCAGUGGUGACCAACACACACUCUGCGAAUCUCUGAAGUCUUAUGCAGCUGCAUGCCAGUUUGUAGGAGUUGAACUUGGUAACUGGCAGAUUGGCACAGCCUGUGCUAAUCUCCCAACCACUGCAACUCCAACAACUCCCGGACUUACCUCUCCAACUCCAGAUCAAAUUUCAUGCCCCAUGAACUGCGAUUUUGAUCAAAGUCUUUGUGGGUGGGAGCAGCUAAUUCAGGACAGUUUUGAUUGGACAAGGCAUUCUGGACCAACACCAUCAAAUUUAACUGGACCAAACCAAGACCACACCUCUGGAGACGGUUUCUACAUGCACCUUGAGGGAGACAGUGUAACCCACGGUGACUCUGCCCGCUUGAUGAGCUCAGUGUGUCAUUAUGGUGGCCCACUCUGCCUCCGCUUUUGGUAUCACUUGUACGGUUCAGCCAUAGGCAUGGCUCUCAAUGUUUACCUCCUAAAAGACAAUAAAGCUACUAAGCUCUGGUCAGUGAUGAACAAUCGGGGACCCAAAUGGCAUCAUGGAAAUGUUGAUCUCGGGGUUUCCAGUCCAUUCCAAAUCAUCAUAGAGGGGAUUCGAGGAUCCACUGCUCAGUCAGAUGUGGCCAUAGAUGAUAUUUCUAUUGAUUUUGGCUCAUGCUCAGAUGGUUCCCUACACCUGAUUUAUGGUACUGUGCUUCCUUACACAGCUGUAGAAGUUCUCCCUUCACACCCAAUCUGCAAUCUGGACUGUAGCUUUGAUGGGAGCCUCUGCAGCUGGAAUCAAAUGGUCACUGAUGCUUUUGACUGGACAUGGCAUACUGGUUCUACCCCCACCAACAUGACUGGCCCUUCUGCUGACCAUACUGGUGGUGGCCAUUAUGUUUAUAUUGAAGCCGACAGUGUGACACAUGGCGACACAGCUCGGCUCAUCAGUUCUGAGUGUUUUGACACUGGUCCUCAGUGUUUACACUUCUGGUAUCAUAUGUAUGGCUCAGCAGAUACAAUGGGUCUCCAUGUUUACUUGCUCCAAAACAGAGUGACUGAUGCUAUCUGGUGGAAGAGGAAUGACCAAGGCAAUAUAUGGCAUCUGGCUCAGGUGGAUUUCCAAACAACUGGGGCUUUUCAGAUAAUCAUUGAAGGGCGUAGAGGAUCCAGUGAGCAGUCAGAUGUGGCCGUAGAUGAUAUAAAGUUUUAUCACGGACACUGCUCCUAUUAUAGUGGUGUUACAGCAGUACCUGUUAGACCUAACCUAAAUACCACAGCUCCCCCAAGUGUCCUUGUGCCUACUACUGCAACUCCAAAACCCCCUCUGGUCAAUGUUACUGCUCAUUCCCCUCUCACAAUGUUUCCCACAGCUGAAGCAGUAACUGAUUUAACUAAUAAGGACAAUGUUACUGAGCCUCCAGAGCUGCACUCAGAGUGCCAUCUAAACUGUGACUUUGAGAGAAAUAUUUGUCAAUGGAUUCAGCUGCUUACUGAUGUGUUUGACUGGAAAAGGCAUAGUGGCUCCACUCUCACUGAGAUUACCGCUCCCCCUUCUGAUCACACCACAGGAAGUGGACACUAUCUUUACAUUGAAGUCAAUAAGGCAUCUCUUGGAGACACGGCUCGUCUCAUCAGCCCAGAGUGUAGAGACUCUGGUCCACAAUGUCUGCAGUUGUGGUACUACAUGUAUGGCUCCGCUGAUACAAUGGCUCUCAAUAUAUACUUGCUUCAGGACAGAAAGACUGAUCUAGUAUGGAGAAAAAGUAAUGACCAGGGAAAUGUCUGGCACCUGGCUCAAGUGGAUUUGGUAUCAACAGGAAGGUUCCAAAUCAUCAUAGAAGGCCGAAGAGGUUCCCGUAAUCAGUCCAAUGUGGCCAUUGACGAUCUCUCUCUUUACCAUGGGUUCUGUGCAGAUCUGGCUAAACCAACACAACCACCAUCAGUUGAGCCCACCACGGCUCGGCCCCCAGCGACCACUGAGCCCCGCCCCCCAGCGACCAUUGAGCCCACCACGGCUCGGCCCCGGCGACCGCCAAGCCCACCACAACUCGGCACACGUCAAAAGUGUCAACCGCGUCAACUACAGUGAAACCAUUGACACAACCAGCAACCAUAUCUGUAUCAACACCCUCUUGUGCAGGAAACAGUCAUUACACCACUUGCAUUUCUGCCUGCUGUCCGACCUGUACACAUCUGAAUGGUCCGCCACACUGUCG